AUGUCGUCCGACGCAGACGUCGAGAAGCGUAGCAUGAAAGAGCAGCCAAAGAGCGAAGCCGACAGUGUUGUCGCUCCCACUCUGGAUGAGCAAGGGGGUGAAACCAAAGAGAUCAGCGAUAUCGAUGGCGACGAUGCGCUCAAACUGGCUGGAGCCCACGCCCAUCAGUUCGACGAGGCGUACUUCAAACGCCUGCGAUGGAAGAUUGACUUACAUCUCAUGCCUCUGAUGGUCUUCGUAUAUUUCACCCAGUUCCUCGACAAGAAUAUCCUCUCCUACGCCUCCAUCAUGGGCUUCCCGGUGGAUGGAAUCAACUAUAACAACGUCGCUCAGGCUUUCUAUAUGGGCUUCUUAGUCUGGAUGUUCCCUACCCAAUACAUCGGGCAGAAGUUCCCAAUCGCGAAAUACCUCGGCGUCCACAUUAUCCUCUGGGGUGGUCUGGUCAUGGUCCAUGCCGCCUGCGACAAGUUUCCCGGGUUCUACGCUCUGCGUUUCUUCCUGGGAAUGCUCGAGGCCUGCGUCUCGCCCAGUUUGAUCCUCAUCGUCAGUAUGUGGUACAAGCAGAACGAGCGCGCCUUUCGGAUCGGCCUCUUCUACUUCGGCAACCUUUCCACCUCCGUGGUCGGCGGCGGUGUUGCAUACGGCGUGACGUUCUACAGUGGUCCCAUCGCCCCCUGGAGACUGCUCUACCUCAUCCUCGGCGCCCUGGCGGUGUCGUGCGGCAUCCUGGUUGUCAUCUUCCUCCCGGACUCUCCUGUCACAGCCAAGUUCCUCACCCAGGAGGAGCGUAUCGCUGCCCUCGAGCGUGUCCGUCUCGACCAGGCUGGCACCCACAACAAACACAUCAAACGUUACCAGAUCGUCGAGACGUUCAAGGACAUCCGCACAUGGCUGAUGUUCCUUAUUAUAAUGUGCAUCGGUGUGCCAAACGGCGGUCAGUCAGCCUUCAACAACAUCAUCGUCACGAGCUUUGGCUGGACCGAGCGGGAGUCUCUCCUCUUCAACAUGCCGCGCACAGCGAUCGGUGGCUUUGCCGUUGUGGCCGUUGGCUGGUUGUCUGACCGCAUCAAUGACCGCAUGACUCUGAUCAUCAUCUUCACCAUUCCGACGCUCGUUGGCAUGAUCAUCCAGACCACCAUGCAGUACUCUGGACAGAAGGGUGUGCUGUUGUUUUCGCAACUCUUCCAAGAUCUAUCGGCUCCAGGAUUCCCAUUGUGCUACGCCUGGAAUGCCAGCAACUCGGGAGGUCAUACCAAGAAAGUCUCCGUUAAUGCUUUCGCCCUCUUCACAUUCGGCGUGGGCUCUGUCGUGGGCACAUACAUCUUCCUGCCAGAGGACGCUCCCGGCUACAUUCCCGGCAAAGCAGCCAUCGUCGUCCUGACGGUCGUUUUGAUGCUCACCUGCGUUGUAAUGGCCUACGUCAACGUUCGCUGGAACCGCCAGAAGCGCGCCCAGCUCGCCAAGUUGGUCGAAGAGAAUGGAUGGAGCGAGGAAGACGUGAGUCGGGAGAGGGAGAAGGCGGCGUUUCUCGAUCUCACAGACAGGGAGAAUGUGUUCUUCACGUACACGAGAUAG